CUUGUUGCCGUCUCCGCCGAGCCCCGCCAGCGAGGGCGAGAGCGAGGCCGUGGCCGCCGCCGCCCCUGUGAGCAGGCCGGCAUCAUGGCGGGGGGUUCGCCUGGCGCGGCUUGCCGGCCCUUCUCGCCGCUCCUCGGGCUGGGGCUGGCGGUGCUGCUGGGGGGCCAGCGGGGGGCCCAAGCUUUACUGUGUCUGUGCUCUAGUUGCACCCAAGCAAACUCCACAUGUGAAACAGAUGGUGCCUGCAUGGUCUCAAUAUCAAACAUGAAUGGAGUCAAGCAUCAUGUCCGAGCCUGUAUCCCUGAAUCAGAGCUUGUUCCUGCUGGGAAGCCUUUCUUCUGCCUGAGUUCAGAAGAUCUGCGCAAUACAUAUUGCUGCUACUCUGACUACUGCAACAAAAUUGAUCUCAUGGUGCCCAGUGGACAUUGGAAAGAUGAAGCAGCACCUUCUAGCUGGGGGCCUGUGGAACUGGUGGCUGUGAUUGCUGGCCCAGUCUUCCUUGUGUUCGUCAUUAUGAUCAUAGUAGUUUUCGUCUUUCACCACCACCAGCGAGUCUACCACAAUCGUCAGCGGCUGGACAUGGAGGAUCCCUCUUGUGAGAUGUGCCUAUCCAAGGACAAAACCUUGCAAGAUUUAGUCUACGAUCUGUCUACCUCUGGCUCUGGAUCAGGUUUGCCACUCUUUGUCCAACGCACUGUGGCACGAACAAUCGUCCUGCAGGAAAUCAUUGGCAAAGGUCGUUUUGGAGAAGUGUGGCGUGGCAGGUGGCGUGGUGGUGAUGUGGCUGUGAAGAUCUUCUCUUCACGUGAAGAGCGGUCCUGGUUCAGGGAAGCCGAGAUCUACCAGACUGUCAUGCUACGCCAUGAAAAUAUUCUGGGAUUUAUCGCUGCAGACAAUAAAGAUAACGGCACUUGGACUCAGCUGUGGUUGGUCUCUGACUACCAUGAGCAUGGAUCUCUGUUUGAUUACCUCAAUCGAUACGCUGUAACUAUCGAGGGGAUGAUUAAGUUGGCUCUAUCCGCUGCCAGUGGACUGGCCCAUCUGCACAUGGAGAUUGUGGGGACCCAAGGAAAACCUGGGAUUGCACACCGGGACCUGAAAUCCAAGAAUAUACUAGUGAAGAAGAAUGGAACUUGUGCUAUUGCAGACCUGGGUUUGGCUGUCCGCCAUGAUUCUGUUACUGAUACGAUAGACAUUGCACCCAAUCAGAGGGUUGGAACAAAGCGCUAUAUGGCCCCUGAGGUUCUUGACGAAACAAUUAACAUGAAGCAUUUUGAUUCCUUUAAAUGUGCUGAUAUCUAUGCCCUGGGCUUGGUCUACUGGGAAGUCGCUCGCAGAUGCAACUCAGGCGGCAUUCAUGAAGAAUAUCAGCUCCCGUAUUAUGAUCUUGUACCCUCUGACCCCUCUAUUGAAGAAAUGAGAAAGGUUGUGUGUGAUCAGAAGCUGCGACCGAACAUUCCUAACUGGUGGCAAAGUUAUGAGGCGUUGCGAGUAAUGGGGAAAAUGAUGCGAGAGUGCUGGUAUGCUAAUGGGGCAGCGCGGUUAACAGCCUUGCGCAUCAAGAAAACACUCUCUCAGCUCAGUGUCCUAGAAGACGUGAAAAUUUAAUCUGCAAGCCCCAUCUGGAGGAAACUGCACAAAAGCUGCCAUGCUAGAAUUGAUAUGUGGUGGUGAAGGCUACCUCUUAUUUCUACAAAGCCUGCUGCUAUCCAUGUGUGGACAACUUUGGCCUGCAGGUGAUUAAGAGAGGAGGGAGGACUUCUUAAGACCUAGUGCUCUUCCUGGUUGAGGAGCAAAACUCAUCUUUUUUUUUUCCUAAUUUGCUCAUGAGAGCAUAAAGAGGGACUUGUAUAGACAAAUGUUGGCCACAACUGUAACUUUGGUUUCUUCAGUGGAAAUCCCUUUAAAUUCUAGUGACAUACUUAUUGGGGAAAGCCUUAUGGCUUGGGAGAAGAAAAGACUUUAUUCAGAGGGAGGGGUGUCUUGAGGACUGACAUCUGCAUACAUCAGAAGCCUUGCGUGCUCCCCCUGCCUGGCCACGUGAAGCUCUUGACCCUUUUCUAGCUUGACACAUCUUAAACCAGCGCAGCUAUUAGUGUUCAACAGUGUGUGCACAUGCAAAGGUACGUGUCCCUGCGCCCUUAGGUGUGUAUUGUGUUCCCUUGUGCUCCUGUGCAUGUGCAAAUAAUAAUGUCCUUUUGUGAAGUGCAGGUGCUAGUGCCCUCUUUGUCUACUGAUUGUUAUCUAGCUUUCCUCUCACUUGGGAGAGGUAGAAAUACGCUGUGACACUGGUUAGAACUACCAGGGGCACUGAACAAAUUAUCUCACUGCCAUCCAUCUCCGCUUUUUUUUUUUUAAAGCAAGGGACAGCUUUUCUUACGCUUGGCUUCAAGAUCCCCCUAAUGGCAGUGCUGAGUAGAAACAUAAGAUUGCCUGGUUAAACAGAGCCAUUUGCAGAAGACUAGACGUCCACUGGAAUUGAAUUGAAGCUUGUACUGGUGUAAAAGCAAGUGAGGCGAAAGCAGGACUAAGGAAGGAUGUCGUCCUUAUAGGAUCAUCACCUUUCCAUAUCUCAAGGUGCCUUUGGCAGAACUACUCUAGCAUUUUACAUGUCCGGGUGUAAGAGUGUAAGCAUCCACUGGGGAAACGUAACUCAGAUGCUUCCAGGCAAGAUUUCUCCCUCAAGGAAUGACGACUGCAAAUGAGUCUGGAUUUUUUUUGAGAGAGAGAAUGUGUGAAAUAUAUAUAUAUAUAUAGUCUUAUAGUCUCCCAUAUUCUGGAAGCAGUUAGGUGUCACUUGCAGGGGAGGAGGGAUGGUGUGGGAAUAGAUUAACUGCAUGUAUUUUGUUUCAGUUGAAUAAUCAGGGGGUGGCAAGAUUGAUUUGGUUGUCACGUUUGCUUAGGGAACAGUCCGAGACUGUAUUAUGAUGCAAAUAACGCAUCAAGAACUCUAUUGUUAGGUCGGGUGUUUGUGGUAGAUAAUUCUUGAAGCCAUAACUUUUAACUGGAGUGGUUUGAUUAUUUUUUUAAUUAUUAUUUUAUUGUGGGGGGGGGUAGAAUUUUAACUUUUUUUUAACUGUUUAUAAGAGAAGUAAAAUUGAUGAUUACUUCUCAUUCCGUUUAUAAAGAAAUCACUGCAAAAAACACUUAAAAAUGCACACAGCUCGGUUUUACACUGGAACUGUUUCUGCUCAAAUCAUGAAUCCUGGCUUUUAAGACAAAUAGAGGCAGGAUUUUUUAAAAAUAUAAUACAUUCUGUGUUUGUGUGUGUGUGUGUGUGUUCUCACUCUGCCCCUUCUCUUGUCCUCAGCUGUGUCAAUGUGUAAUGCUUGAAGAGUUGUUGCAUUGUAUUGUGGAGCCAACUUUACCUGCUCCUUUUGGUUUGCAAUGAGCUGUUGUUUCUUCCAGUCUGUGUUUUAAAAGAUCUCAGGCACUCUUAUUCAUGGAGGAGUGUGUGGAGCUUGUGCUUUUGAUUGUAAAACUUGCCUUCCUCUGUGACUUCAUUCUGAUUUUUCUGAGCUAGAGGCUACUGCAUAUCUCCAGCAGUGGGAACACAGCUUGCUAAAUCAUUCCUGCAUCUCUGAUCAAAGACAAAAGGGUACCUGGAAAUUUUACUGAGAUAAUGUGGUCUACUUUAUGACUAGUAUUGGAAGCUGAAAAGAAUGCAUACGGAUUUAAAUGUUGCAGUUGGGCAGAUGUGGAAGAGAAUCGCACAGAUGCCUACCAAGCAAAAGGAUACUUCCCUAGCUAGAUCCCCCUGAGUAAAAAAAAUUAUUUUUGGAGCCAUUCUCUUUGAAAGAUUUCUUGGCCUUUGCAGUGUGAAGAGUGGUAUACCUGUGCAAUUAACUUGCCACUGAAAAACUCAGCCUGUCUGUAGGCCCAUUCUACCCAAGGGUUCUUUGAAGCGACAAAUCCUCUUUUUUUUCAGAACAUAUUUUCUGUUUUCUUUGCCUUUAUGGCACUGCAGCUCAGAGUGCUGAGAAAUAAGCUCCAUUCGAAUUAAUAAGACAUGCGUCCAUGUAACAGUGGUUUGACUUGGGAUGAAAUUUACAUCCUGGCUUAUAUUAAUGUGUUCCCCUUGUAGCCACACAUGGAGAUGAAUACAUGAAGAGAUGGCAAAUGUUGUGUUGCAUCUCGAAGUCUAAAAGGGACAGGCUGACUCAGACUCCGGCUUAUAGAUGCAUGUAUGUGUCUCAGUCUCUUGGACAGUAAUUAGUUUUCUCUGUAGCAUUUUUUUAUCAGUGUCCAAAGAACACUGCAAAGUUGCAGCAAAAACCUAGGAGUAAUUUUGCUUAGAGCCAGCAUGCAGGAGGUAUUCAAGAAGGCAUGAGGCUAAAUAUACUAAAUGGCCUAAAAACACUAUUUGCUUCUUCAGGGCAAGGUAAGUCUCCACUAGAUGCUCUUUUGGGAAGUUUCCAAAGUGCAUCUUCUCUGUACUGUAAUGUUUACCUGUGACAUGUGAGAGAGUUGGUGGUUAAGGUGCAGUUUGCAACACUACACUAGGCUGAAGAAGAGCAGAUUUUCCUGUUUCUGCUUCACCUGCUAAAAAGACAUGCUGCAUUUGAAAUCCUCAUGUUCACAAUUCACAAUUCUAUUGUUCACAAUUCUAUUGUGAAUUCACAAGACUAUUGUUCCUGUCCAUUCGGCCAUGGGUCCAAAAGUGAAGGCUGCUAGUUAUUUUUUUUUUAAAAAAACCUGUAGCUGCUGUGAUAACUUUAUUAAAAGCAACCAGUUAAAUUUGUACUACCUGCCCAUGUAUGCAUUCCCAAUAUAUUCAGAAACACAGGAAAAAUGCACAGUUGUGUAGCACUCUGCAGUUGUUUAGGAGUAGCCCAACUUUAUGAAGCUCAUGGGAAGCAAAGAGUCUGGUGUUGUCAAAAAUCCAAAUGGAAGAUCAUUCGUAAGGCGGAUGUGCUCUUAGGCAUGGAUCACACAGCAAAGGUGCUUAUAACAUGAUUUUUUCUUGCUCUUCCCAAGUGCUGAUGCCGUGGGUCUCACCAUGAACAAAAAUCCAUACAACAAGGAGAGGGGCUGCAGUGGGGGUGGGGGGGAACACACCUGUGACAUUGCCUUCCCCUUCCCCUUCUGUUGGCAGUGUUUCCAGUGAUGCAAGACAUUUGGCUUGUUUAAAGGCUGGUUCCCUUCCUUACUGUAGCCUCUUCAGCCAUGCUGAGUCCCACAACUGCCAGCGUCAGCAUUUUGGAGUUCUUUAGGGGACUUCUGGGAGGAGGAGGGGGAAGGAAGUGCUCCAUAGGAUUUGAGCCUUAGCCUUUUGUCAGAUGUAUGAGGUCUGCAUUCUCAGCUGGGGCUUAGUCAGUCUCUGGCAGGUGGCACACUGGCUUCAGAACAGAUGGGUUUUGGUACUGGUCUGUUUCUUCUUCUUUUUUGUCCUCCUCCCCUUGGCUCCUUGACUUUUAUACUUGUUUCAAGUUUUGUAUGUUUUAUUAGAAAAAGACUGUAAAAUAGCCACUUAGACACUUUACCUCCUCAGUAUGCAAAUGUAAAUAUGUGUAAUAUAGGAAAAAAUCUUUUGUUUUAAUAUAAGAAUGAGGUUGUCCAAUUUUCUGUUGUACAUUAUUAAAAUUUGUUUUUAUUCA